GAACUGAAGGAAUCAGACUUCCGGAUCCCAGCAGUUUUCCAUCUAUACCUGUAUAAGUCUAUGUAAAGAUACAUGUACAGUUGGACGAUGGUGCAGAAUUUCUGUAUUGUUAGUAACUUACUAGUCUCUGAUAGCAAGGAGAUUUCUUUGUUUGGAAAAUCAUGAUAUAUGAGUAAGAUACGGCUUCAGCACUUCAACUCAUACGGGUACUCAAUGCAGGUUACAGGCAUGAGCGGUAUAUCUCAACAAUGCUGUGUAAACUGUGGCAGACGUACAAUGCAACCAAAGUCUGUCCGAUUAAACUGGAGGCAGCAUGUGUCAACAGCACAUUGUUAUAUACAUGUGUGUCUCAUUCCAAGAUUGACUUGAAGCUGUCCUUUGUGAUGCCUUUGUGUGUUACACACUGGUACUGCAUGACUUGAUACAUUUGUUCUAACCAGAAAGAUGAAUAAUAGAAUGGAAGUUUUUUUCUUCAAUACUUUAAUAAGUCAUCUUAGAUUUUAGGGAAAAACUAAGAGUUUAUUGAUCUUAUACCACCAUAAAAUAUUUGCAAAGAUGUUGUAAAUUUUUCCAAGUGGCAUUUCUGUAUCAUUUAAGGUUAUUUGCAUGUUUGUUAUCUGUUUGUGUUCCACUGCCAUAAUUUACAUAUGUUGCAUGUCUUGAAGUACCAGAGAACUGACUGAUGUUCAAUGUCAUCUUCUUAAUCACAGUGUCUAGACACACGUAAAUAUGCAUGUCUGCCUUGAUUAGACCGAAGUCAUUGUCAUAACUUCCCUCCAUUGGGAAGACUGUGAGGGGGGACCAGUUUUUAUGGGUAGAACAAAAUUUGAAUACUAAUAAUUAAUAAGGUACUGUGAGAAUUGGUUCGCCCUUUAGUAUUGCACCCCAGCCACAUCUGAAUCAUGUCCAAACUCAAUGUUAAGAUUCACGUAAAGAUACCCAAGUUAAUAAGCUGAUUGCCAUAACUUAGACCACUCCAUUUUAAAGACCUUCUAAAAUGACUUAAACACUAAUUAAAUCAAGCAUAAAUAAACACAUACAUACGUACAUAUGUACAUACAUUCAUCGGUAGUAUAGUCCAUCUCAAAAGAUACCGAAAACAUAACCUUGGCGAAAGUAACUGAACCUUCUCCUACAUUUGUAUUUCACGUGAUCAAAACAGAUUAACGUAUUACGUAAUACGGGAGGUUUCAUGUUACAGUUCAGAGGUCAGCUGAAGGUAAACUGGGAAGGUAGUCUACAGCCAUCUGUGCUGAAAUGUCUAAAAGUUACGCAACAUAUCUCUGGGGAGCCUUCUAAUUAUAUAGGAUCAUUUGGAGAAAUGUCCAAACCACCGACCAGUGUGUUAAUAAGAGUUUAAGACUCGCCUUGGGGAUUUGUAAAGGAGGAGAAGAAAUGGAAAGGAAGACAAGGCCACGUAAGCCCAACCCGAUGCUCUCGGCGAACUUCAUGUCAAGGGCGUCCUUUUCGUGGUUGGAUCCUCUUUUUGCAAAAGGCUACAGGAAGAGGCUGGAGGAGUCGGACUUGUACAAUGUUAUAGAGGAGGAGUCUUCACAAAAACUUGGAGGAGACUUAGAGAGGGCAUGGCAGAAAGAACUGGACCUGGCCACCACAACUUGGAAACCGCCCAGUUUCCAGAGAGCCCUGCUGCAAUGCUUUGGGUUUAAGUAUGCACUGAUCGGCCUUUGUUUCUUUGUCGAGGAAGUUUUACAACUUGCUCAGCCAGUUUUCUUGGGUCUGCUAAUCUCGUCCCUCUCUGCGGACACCACCGUGUCCCGCCAGGAGGCGUACCUGUACGCGUUUGCCGUCAGUUUCUGCACGUUGUACAAGUCCGUGUGUCACCACCAGUGGCAGUGGCCGUCGUGGAGGUGGGGACAACUCAGGAUCAAGGUGGCUUGCAGUUAUCUCAUCUACCGCAAGACAUUGCGACUGAGUAAUUCGGCUCUGCAGAAGACAACGACUGGGCAAAUCAUAAACCUUCUUUCAAACGACAUAGACAAGUUUGAUCACAAGUACUAUCUUGCCCAUUACUUCUGGCUGGCCCCGAUGAAUGUAAUAGUAGUGACAGCGGUUCUGUGGAGAGAGCUGGGCCCGUCCUGUCUGCCAGGCAUGUGUUACGUCCUGUUGCUGCUGCCUGUGCAAUCUGCCAUGGGGAAACUGUUCGGGAAAUACAGGUCGCAGACCGCCAGCCGGACAGACGACCGUGUGCGGUUGAUGAGUGAAGUUUUGGCCGCCAUGAGGGUCAUCAGGAUGUACGCGUGGGAAAAACCGUUCGGUGCCGUGAUCACGAAACUUAGGAGACGUGAAGUGAGCACAAUCAUGAAAGGCGCCGUGUGCCAGGGGCUCAACAAUGGGUUAUCCUAUGCCGCGGUUCGUGUGGUUGUCUUCCUCACGUUCGCUACGUACGCACUUCUGGGAAACCCUAUCACCGCCUCCAAGCUCUUUGUUGCCAUUGGCUUGUAUAACCAGCUUCAGUUUACGGUUGCCAAGAUAUUUCCGCUUGCGGUUCAGCAUUGGUUCGAGAGCCAAGUGUCCAUCAAGAGAAUACAGGAGUUUUUGAUGCUGGAUGAAAUACAGCCUGCCCUUGUCCGGGAUUGUGACAACACGGCAUCUGAUUCCUGUCAAUCUUCAAAGCAAACAAUAUGCAGUAUAACGGCAGAAGGCAUUUCAGCUAGCUGGGAUCAGGAGACAGAAAAAGUUAACCUGAAGAACGUAAACUUCAGUGUGCAGGCCGGUCAGCUUCUAGCGGUCAUUGGGCCCGUGGGUUCAGGAAAGUCUUCCUUGCUGAGUGCCAUACUCGGGGAGCUCCCGCCGGUGUCCGGGCGUAUAUCAGUCCGCGGGCGGGUUGCGUACACGUCCCAGCAGCCCUGGGUCUUCUCCGGCACCGUCAGACAGAACAUUCUCUUCGGAGCAACCUGGGAUGCAGACAGAUACAAGGACGUGCUGAAUGUUACCGCACUUAGUAAGGACAUUGAGUCGUUUCCACACGGAGACCGGACGUUAGUAGGGGACCGAGGGAUCACCUUGAGCGGUGGGCAGAAGGCCAGGAUUGGUCUGGCAAGAGCCCUUUACCGAGACGCAGACAUAUAUCUCCUUGAUGACCCACUAAGUGCUGUGGACGCAAAGGUGGGAAGACACAUCUUUGAUAGGUGCAUUCUUGGGGCCCUGAAGUCCAGAAUAUGCGUCCUGGUGACGCACCAGCUGCAGUAUCUACAGCAGGCAGAUCAGAUACUCGUGCUAAAAAAAGGACAGCAGGCUGCCAUCGGCACAUAUUCAGAGCUGCUUCAGUCUGGACUGGACUUUGCCGAGCUGCUCAAAAGAAAGGAGGAUGAAGAAAGUUCUUGUGGAAAAGACGAUUUUGUGGAGAAGAGAAGAGAGUCAUUGAAACGGUCUUUACGUCGAAGAAGAAGAACAUCUUCCGUUGCCGUGACUGGGUCAGGACCUACCCGGGAACGUGAGGACGAAGAUCACGAGGUAGAGGAGGAUAGAGAGAAGGGUCACGUGGGUUGGAGUGUCUACAAAGACUUCGUGACGUCAGGGACAGGAGUGUGGGGGGUCCUGCUGGCAAUACUCCUCAACAUUGCUUAUCAGAGUUUGUAUAUGCUGACAGAUUGGUGGUUUACUUACUGGGCAAAUCAGUACUUGAAGGAGGGUCGAAAUGUGUCUACGUCAUCCUCAAGUAUCAAUCUAACAGUGAAUGGAACGAUAACGCGAGCUAACGUCAGUGCUGCAGUUUUGGACAUAACGUACUACGUCACUGUGAGUGCUGCUUUAACGGCGACUGUCUUGGUUCUGAGCAUCUUACGAGCGGUUUUCUUGUUCUACAUGUGUCUCUCGUCUUCACGGAGCCUCCAUAAUCAGAUGUUUGCCGCCAUCAUCAGGGUCCCGAUCUUGUUCUUUGACACGAACCCCGUCGGGCGCAUCUUAAACAGAUUUUCCAAAGAUGUUGGAUUGUUGGACCACCUCUUGCCCUUAAAUGUUGCCGAAGUAAUUCAGUUCUUGAUGAUGACUGUUGGCGUGUUUCUAUUGGCGGGGAUCGUGAACCCCUGGGUUUUCAUCCCGAGCAUCCCCAUCAUGGUCACGUGUCUCGUCGUCAUCAGGUAUUACCUGGCGACGUCACGUGACAUCAAGCGUUUAGAAGGCACCACCCGCAGCCCAGUGUUCUCCCACUUGUCGGCCACUCUGCAGGGUCUGUGGACCGUCCGGGCCUGCAAUGCGCAGCACAUCUGCCAGGAGGCGUUCAGCGCGCACCUGGACCUGCAGUCGGAAGCCGUGUUCCUGUUUCUCGCCAUCAACAGGUGGCUGGCGCUGCGGCUGGACGUGCUGGUCGCGCUGUUCGUGGUGGUGGUGGCCUUCAUCAGCGUGUUUGCUGCUGAGAGUCUCGACGGAGGCCUUGUUGGUCUGUCCUUGUCCUAUGCAAUAUACCUGACCAACGGGUUCCAGUAUGCGGUACGGCUGGCGGCAGAGGUGGAGACAUUGAUGACGUCGGCUGAAAGAGUCCUGACCUACGCCCGGAUGGAGCCCGAGGCCCCGCUACAAACAGCCGUUACCCCGCCGCCGGGCUGGCCCCAGCAUGGCAGCAUCCGCCUGGAGGGAGCGUCCUUCGCAUACACACCUGGCGGACCGGACGUGCUGACGGGACUCCAUGCCACCAUCCAUGGCGGAGAAAAGAUCGGCAUCGUGGGUAGGACGGGUGCAGGUAAGAGCUCGCUUGUGCAGAUGUUGUUCCGAAUGGCGGAGCCGCGAGGUAACAUCACGAUCGACGGCAUGGACAUCGCCGGGCUCGGACUGCACACUCUGCGGACCAACCUUUCCGUCAUCCCACAGGACCCCGUCCUGUUCUCCGGUACCCUCAGGAAAAAUCUCGACCCGUUCGAGCAGUUCUCAGACCAACAACUGUGGCGCGUUCUUGAGGAGGUGCAGUUAAACCAGGUGGUCGCAGACCUACCUGGGAAGCUGGAGACAGAGCUGUUAGAGUCCGGGAGUAACCUCAGUGUGGGACAGCGGCAGCUGAUGUGUCUGGCCAGGGCGAUGCUUAGGAGAAAUAAGAUCCUCAUCAUUGACGAGGCUACAGCGAACGUUGACCCCAGGACCGAUCAAUUGAUCCAGGAGACCAUCAGAGUGAAGUUUAGAUCUUGCACGGUAAUGACCAUCGCACACAGACUCCACACUAUCAUAGACUCCUACAAAAUCAUGGUUAUUUCAGAUGGUCUCAUUCAGGAGUUUGAUGAGCCAUUUUGGCUGCUGAAGAACAGACAGGGCCACCUGAGUCGCCUGUUGAGAGACCUAGGAGAGGCCGAGGCUGGCCAGCUUAGAGCCGAAGCACAGAGGUGCUUCUACAGCCGGCAUCCAAAUGCGGAGGUCACGGGUUUAUGAAUAGUUCUGUGUACAUUUCUGAAUUGUUCUUUUUUUUUCAUAUAUAAUAUUUGCCAUCGCGGUAAUCUCCCAACACAUGGAUCAGUUCAUAUUCAUCAAUUAUAGGUGCAUGGUACAUACAUGAUACAAAAUCAUUUUAUUAAUAAUUAACAGUUUCUUUAAAAGAAUUAGAUACUUAUACCGUGAUUCACACAUAGUAUGUUGAAUAAACGUAGUAUUUUGUGUCUUUUGAGUGAAAUAGGGUUAUCUUUAUGACAGGAAUAUGGGUACUUUGCUAGAGUGAGGUAAACAUUUAGAUAUUCACCAAGUAGAACAAAUUGCAUAUGUCCAUAUCUAAACCAAAGAUUUGUUUUUUAGUUCUAUCCCACUAUUCUUGCAGCCAUUUACACUCGAUGAACAUGUGAAUGUAUGUAGUUUUCCUCUUUGUCAUAUAUUACGCAUGUGGGGCUGUAAAUAUUCCCGGUAGCGUUUACUGUUUUUCAUCUAUUGAGUAAAAGUUUACAAUGGAUAAUCUUGUAGAAUUUUGAAAUUGAAUUAUCUAAGUUUGAUUAUCUAAGUUUGUGCUUUUCAUAUUCUACUCCAGACUAAAUUGGGGAAUUAAGUGUUCCAAUGGAUUUCGACAGAAGGUAUUAUAACAUGUUUCAUAAGACUAACGAAGUACAAGAAUCGACUGAUAAGUAUAUCAAUUUGAACACUGCAGGAAUUAAACCAUAACUUAUAGUCAUUAAUGCUACGUAACAUUUCCCUGGAAGUUGUUCGCAUUCAUAAAUUCACUCAUCCUCAUUGCUUCAUAAAUUACCUUCUAUCUUAAAGAUUUUU